CCUAGGCACAGUAAGAGACAGAUCGGCGGCGAGAAACAACGAAGCACCGCCAGCGGAGAUCUACUCCCUCCAUCUCCUCAAGCUUGGGAAAAGAAGGUUGACAGACAUACGCAACUACUUGCUGCGCCCAGCGAGCUGGCCCCCGUGACAAGCCUCGAUCCGCUGCGCAGGCGACAGCUGCAGCGAGAAGGAAGUCCGACAACGUUUCAUUUUCCAACUUUAGAAGCACGUACCUGGUGUAGUGUAGACCCUGAGUCCAGCUCGCCACGGACUUUGUUCUUCCCCUCGACUCACCACUACCAGACGAGAGCACGACGAGGAGGGCGACAAAGGCUUCUUGAGACGCUGUCUGCGCAAAGAGCCAGUACGCACGCACACACGUCGAAGUGUGCCCUGCGCGCGCGGCCUGACAGAGGAGCCCCACGGCAAGCAUGCCGUUCCCGGCCUUUCAGCGGGCGCAGGACAUUGGCAUUCGAGGCUCCUUGACCCAGUCGCAGGCGUCCGACCACCAGCAGCACCAGCGGGCCCUCUCUUCGUCGUCGUCGCAGCAACAGCACCAGUGGCCGCAAAAUGUACCCUCUGUUCUCCUGCCCGGGGGCGCCCUGGCCGGCGGCGGUGGUCCUCAGCGCCUGUCGCACCACAACCUCGGUGAGCUGGACGCGGCGACGAGUCCACGAGCGAGCAUGCUCUCUCGCAUCGAUGGACCAGGCGAGGGGGUGCCGCCCCUUGAUUCAGCAAUGAGCAUGGGCCAGAAGAAGACCAAAAAGGCAAAGAUUUCGAAAAAGGUCAAUGCUCGCCUCCAGCUUGCCGCUGCGCUCGUCGAGUGCGACAACGACGACAUUCUCGAGCAUGCGCGUAUUGCCGAGGCGGCGUUGCGCCUCGCGAGGCAGAACCCAAACUACGAUGCCAACACGCCCUACCCUCCGCCGCCGCCGCAGCCAAAGCUGGCGUCGCAGAGCGCAAUCUUUGCUCCCUACCGCGACGAGGCCAGUGUGCCGAGCGUCGAGGAGCUGCGGACCACGGGCCCGAGGACGCGCGCAAGGACGGGUAGCAAUGCGUCGAGGCUCUCGAGGCUCCUCAAUGCCGACGGCUCGCCCAGGCCGCCUUCUAGCGUCGACUUUCUGGGUGUCAAGCUGCCAACGGAAAAGAGGAGGCAACAGCAGUCUGCCUAUGGCAGUGGGUAUCCUGGCGCAUCUUCAGCCUAUUCGCAGAGCAGGCCGGGCAGCGCCCUCAGCUCGGGAAGGCCGCAGAGCGCACUGAGCAUCGCAAGUGCUGAGCGCUUCGGCGGGUCGGACGCAGGUAUGCUUGGAGACGACGACGACGACAACGACGGCGAAGGCGAAGAGGGCAUUCAUGACGGGCAAGGAGAGCCCGAGGAAGAGGCGCUGAGCGAAUGGGGCGUCGACAAAUUCUUGAGUCAGGAGGCAAAGGACAAGAUUGCUGCAUCGGGCAGAAGGAGCAGGGCGGGCAGCCGAGCCGGCAGCAGAGCUGGCAGCAUCGUGGGCAUCGAGACGGCCUCUUCAGUGGCAGGACCGGCAUCUGAUGCUGGCAGGCAUGGCAGAUCCAUGAGUGGCCAGAACUCCGUCGAUAUGGCUCGCACGGGAAGCGACGGUGGGACAGGCCCCAGCAUCAGCAGCAAGAGGAAGCAGAGCCAUGACCCAGACCCGGCCCUGCUGGCGCGUAUCAAGCUGUACAGGGAGAGGCAAGAGAAUCUGCCACCAAGCCAGUGGGACGGACCGGGGCCCAUGGCGACGCAGGACGACGUCGACCGCCACAUUUCGUCGUCCGCCGCUCAGCACGAGGACGGCGAGGAGGAGAGCGGCAACAUGUCGGAGAGCGGCAACAUGUCGCAGAUGCCCUCAGUAUCGACGUCGCUAAAGGGACUCGACACCAUCACGAGAGAGUCUUCUGGCCUGGAGCCCGCCGAGUCGCUCAAACAGGGCAGUGUGUCGGUGCAGACAAGGCGCGAGGAGCUCGGGGAGCACCAUGCGGACGAGAAGCGCAGGACGUCGAGCUUUGGCAUUACUGGCGAAAGGUGGAGUGACGACGAGGACGACCAUGACGCUCAGCCUCACUUUCCUCCCUCGUCUCACUCGACGCCAUACAUCAACUACCAGGACGGUUACAACGAAGACGGAGAAGUGCCACUGGAGGGCAUGGCCGGCGUUGGCUCCUAUUCUCGCUCCCAAUCGAGGCCCAAUUCGAUGAUGUUUGGCGCGCCAGCCCAGCCACCGCCUCGCGAGGACGGGGAGGACGACUACAGCGCCACGCCCAUCGCGUUCGACCCCAAUCUCUCUCUUGUUCCUGGCCAGCACCUCUCUCGGCCGCCCACACCAGGCGGAGGCCAAAUGAUGGAGGGCAUACCAUCACCUCGGCCUGCUCACUCGCCACGCGAUGCCGGUUCGCGGUCACCUGCUAUCCUUGACCGUGCUCCCAUCACCAACGUCGAUGAUCCCUUCGGCAUGUUCUCGCUCGGCCCGAGCCCGUAUCCAAUGAUGAUGAACAGUCCCAUGGCUCGUCUGAUGCAGCUCCCCUCGGACCCCUAUGAGGCUGCUCGUCAGCAGCAGCAGCAGCAGCAGCAGCAGCAGCAGCAGCAUCAUCAAGGCACGGCAUACGACGGUCAACAGCAAUACCAGCAGCAAGGGGGGCUGAGCACGAAGCAACUCCAGGCUGCGGCCAGGCAGAAUUUCCCGGACUCGUACGGCAUCACGGGAAUGCAGGUCGACAAUACAGGCCUGCCCGACGAGGAUGCCGAGCUGGUCUUGUACGAGAGUAUGCAUUUCAAGAAGAUUCUCAGCCCGGAGAGGGAAAAGGAGGAGGAGGAGGAGCACGAGAGAAAGAAGAAGGGCGAGCCAUCGAGGAGGCUCACGGCAGCCUUGAUGGACUUUGCUCUGAAGCAGCAGCAGCCGCCGCCGCCGCCGCUUGACGUGAUCGAUGACGAUGUCCCGGGCGCGGAACCGUUGGAGCAGGAGCCACCGUCUUCAAAGAGAAAAAGCAGGCCGCUGAGCGCCUUUUUCGGAGGGCAACAAGAACCUGAUCUAUCAUCUGCCAGGUGGGGCCGAAGCAAGAGGAGGAGCCUGCUCAGUCGGAAGGACGAAGAGGUCCAAGCUUUGUCGGCUCAGUACGCAGCUGAGCCCGUCGGGGAGAUCUUUUCCAAGCUCAAGCAUGCCGCCGGGCAAGGCGGCGACGAAGACGUCGACGACGACUUCGUGAGCCCGCCGCUCAAGGGCCCCCUGAAACCUCGUGGUAUUGAAGCGUGCCUGCCAAAGAUGCUCGUCAUGCCUGCCCCAUUGCAAGGAACCCCAGAUGCCCCCAAAUCCCAGCUGACGGACUCCGCCUUUGUCGACAAGGUCGGUGUGGGUGCCGCCAACCGGCCCACGUCCAAGCUGUAUGUGCCCGAUGGCUUUGUCCUGCACGAUCGCAACGCUACGCCAUCCAUUCGCCAGCUCCAAGUGCAGGGCGCCAGCGGACCACAGCCCUUUUUCAUGGCUCCAGACGGCCGGCACAAGCACGAUGCCACCGUGUCGGACUUUUUGCAGUCGCAAGCGGCCAACAGGGUCCUCUCCGUACCUGCUGCGGCGCCCGUGGGCAUUGGCAGGCGAGCAGCCAUGCCGACGACGGCUCUCUUCAGGAACCAGCUCGUGCAGCAUGACGACGAAAAGGAGGGUUGGGGCUGGGAGGCCGGCUCAGCCAUCGGUCAAGAUGUAGCCAAUCUGGCGACAUUUGCUGGUCUCUACAGUGGCGACAAUCCUGGCUUCGAGGAUGCCGACGAAGAUGGCGUGCGGAAGAAGCCGAAGAAGAAGAAGGUUUCGAGGGCCGAAAAGAAGCUGGCAAAAAAGCUGGCAAAGGAGAAGCACAUGAGAAAGGUCGCGCGGCGAGAGCGGCGCAAGAAGCGUCAAGAGGCACAGGACAACGGCUUGAGCUACGAAGAGGUCGGUGUCGAGGAGAUGAGCCCCGAUGAAGACCUCGACUUGAGCGCGACGGACAGCGACGACUUCUUCACCGACGACGAUCUUGGGGGCGCCUCUUCAUCAGACGGAGAGGGUAGUUGGAACAGCGAAGACGAGCGGAGAUGGCUGGACCAGCAGAAGCCCGCUGGCAAGCUGUUUGGCAAGAGCCUGUUGGACGUGGCCGAAGAGAGAAAGAAGACGGUGCAGUCCAAGAACCGCUUCUAUGGCCAGGUCGAGCUCGAGGAGAUGAACAGGCUCGAGGCGCAGUCUGCAUUGGUGGGCGACGACAAGUCGAUGGCGGCCGCCAGCACGGCCGCACGCACCUUCCGUGAGAAUCCGCUCGGCUACAACGACACGAGGGAGAGGAUGCAAGCGGCCUUUGGCACGGACAUGCUGUGGAGCAGGGAGAUGGCGAAGCGGCGAGACGAGGAAGCCAAGGAAGCCGAGAUCAAGCGGCGGGCAGAGGAAGAGUUCAGAAGGGCAGAAGAAGAGAGGAUGGAGCGAGAGAGGCAAAAGAAGGAGAAGAAGGAGAAAAAGAAGAACAAGAAGAGCAAGAAGGGAGAGCAGAUCUUUGAGAUCAGUGCCCCCAUACCGGGGUUGAGUGGGCCGAUCAGGGACGAAACAGAGGAGCCUAUUCAGUAUGAAGAGGAGCCACUGCAGAGCGAUCCGCCGAGGAGCCAAACGCCAGUCGAUCCGCCUGUGCUGGACGUGCCGAUCGACCAUACAACGGUCAUGGAGGAGGAAGAGGAGGAGGAACGAGAGGCGAGCGCAGACGAAGAGUCGGGCGAUGAGGCUCAGCGUCGAGCCAAGGCCUUUGAGCGGGCCAGACAGUCUGUGCUGAUGGAGCAGGCGCCUGCAAAUGGCUAUUCUUCCUCAGAGGACGAUGUGCCCCUCGCUCGAUUGCGGGCCAGAGCGACACCCAACUACGCAGCUGGCCUGGGACAGCCUGCACGCAGGAUGGCCGACUCGGACGAGGAAGAAGAGCUGACGCUGGCGCAGAUCAUUGCAAGGAAGAAGGCCAGGAACCAGUCAUUGGGCACCCUCGACCUUGACUUCAUGCAAGCUGGUCAGGAGGACGACGGCAAGGCAAAAGGUCCUACAGGUGCCGAUGGCACUCCUCAGUCCAAGAGCAGCUCCGCCUUUCGGAACUCGGCGGUUCACAACGAAGCAAAGGAGGUGCUACAGGGUGAAGAUUCGUCGGACGAAGACCAACCACUGGGCCUCAAACAUGCAAACGGCGCAGAGAUCCUCAGGAAUCUGGCAGCGCAAAAGGCAGAGCUCGCGAGAAUGAAGCGAGAGGCCGAGGCGGCUGCUGAUGAGUCCUCCGACGACGACCGGCCGUUGGGAGCGAAGCAUCCGCAGGCGGCCAUCAUUGCAGAGCAGGCUGCCCUGAUCAAGCGGCUCCAGGCGGAAGCCGAGCAGGCACGGAUGCAGCAGAGCCAGACGUGGAAUCCUCACAUGUCGAUGAUGGGCUUUGGAGGCGGUGGCAUGAUGAUGUCACCUCCUGCUCCCUCUCCUGCUGCGCCGCCCAUGUCGACGAUGAUGGGGCACACGAUGCCGCAGGCCAUGUCGGCCCUCAAUCUGCAGUCAGCGCCUCCGAUGAUGUCUCCGCCCAUGGCCUACGACCCACGCAUGAGCAUGAUGGGCACACCCAUGAUGCACCACAUGCCCUCAAUGGGCUCCAUAGCUGGCACCGGCGUAUCUGGCGGGCUCUUGCCCGAUCCAAGAGCAUCGAGUAUCGCACAUUGGGCUAGUCAGGUGCCCCCAGACGCCAGUGGUGGCGGCAGCGGGGCGGGAAGCGGUAGCAACAGUGCGAGAGGUGCGCUGCAGUGACCUUGAAUCUUUCCCUUUUUUUGCAAACAAUCCUCAGUAUCGUAUUUGCUCAUGGUCUCUUAAUCAAUCGAACAAUCUCUCUGUG